AUGAUUGAACUCCAGCACGCUGGUGAUCAAAAUGGCAAACUACUUGCGACAUGGGAGCACUGGUACACAAAAGGCAAGAACAGUGAUGAGCCAAACGGCCUCCCUGGCAGCUUCAUUAUUCGUGAAAGUGACGACGGAGGGAAUACUUGGACAACAUUGACAACGAUCAUCGAUCCGCAAUCCGGUCCAGGACAUCCCUGCACGCGGUUCUGGCAGCCCUUUCUCUUCGAGUUUCCACGACGACUUGGUCAAUAUCCCGAAGGCACUGUGAUUCUGGUUGGCGUCCUUGUUACUUCCGAUUUAAGCUACGUUUCCUUUCACCUAUGGCGGUCUCUCGACCAUGGGCAAACGUGGAGUACGGGGCAAGAAUGGCAACGCAGUGGUUCAUUCACCCUCGGGAUCUGGGAACCGUUCCUUUAUCUGGAUAGUGGGAAUAGGCUUGUCGCAGUUUUCUCCGAUGAACGUUCUUACUGGAGCCAGGCGUUAGUGACGGUCAUAUCUGACGAUGGGGGCGAGUCAUGGGGUAAGAUCGAGUUCGCUGUGGCUAGUUCCAAUAUUCAUGAUCGACCGGGCAUGGCCACGGUGGCGAGGAUGGACAAUGGCGAGUACGUUUUGGCCUAUGAAUACUGUGUCACCGCAGAUUGUCAGAUCUACGUGAAGUUCUCCAGCGACGGAUCGAACUGUCAAUCGGUAUACCCGAUCGGUAACGAGUCCCAGGUCUCACAAACCCAUCGUGUCGUCUUCACCAACAGCCAGCAUGGCCGGGGGCAAUGGAUAUGGUCACCAGCCCCUUGGAAUGUCCGCGCGGGAUAUCCGACUUGCAACUCCAACUACAGCCCCAAUUUGCUCGUACGUUCCAAUGGCAAGGUACGAUUGACUGCUCCUGCGAGCGAAUGGAGCACGACCAAAUGCUCCGAGCGAACUGGGGAGGCCUUCAUCGGUGUCCUACCCUACCAGUCUGGUUUUGCAGUCGACGGCCAGUCUGGUUGGAUUAACUUCGGAGGGCACUGGUCUAUUUCCGGCAGCGAGUAUGUGUUUGCACCCGUCGGUGAUCAAAAUGCCAUCGCCGUGACUGGGUCAACUGGAUGGACACAGUACACAAUAACUAGCGAUGUGAUGAUUACGACUCCCUCUGGGAGGGUUGGAUUGAUGACACAUGUGGCCGCAUCGACCGCCCCUCGAUCCAAUUUAUUGCAAGGGUUUACUUUCACAGUCAGCACCGGGACCCCCUUGGGCAGGAUGAUAAUCACGCAGGAAGGCACUGUCUCGAGAAUUCUGGGUUCCCAUCCAACACCCUGGUCAGUGGAAUCGAACAAAUGGUAUCGCCUGACCCUGACUUAUCACCCUGACCUGGUUUUGACGGUUACGGUGGGAAUGCCCCCUGCACAUGAUGAAGAUGAAGACGAAGAAGUGGAGGCCAGCACCUCCUACAAUAUCAGUAUUGCCACUAGCCUUAAUUCCAGCACGGACAACGAGUUCGAACAAGGCAUGGCAGGACUGAUUGGGCGAGAUGGUGGAGGGAGAUUUAGGAAUGUGCAUAUUGUCGCCAACUAA